AUGCCGUGCACCGCUGUGCUCACCGUCGCAUCCGCCUGCUUGCCCUCAACGCUGCAUGCCCCGGUGCCCAAAGCCCCGCUUCCCGGGCUCCUCGACGCCCUGCCCUCCAUGCCACGCACGACCGCGCUCAACGCCGCACCCAUCCGCCUGCCCUCAACACUGCUCGCCCGCUCUCAACACCGUCCGCCCCGGCGCUCAACACCCCGCCCCUCGACCUCCUCCACAAUGCACGCCCCGCCUCCAAGCGCCCCCGCCCUCAACGCCUCGCGCAGCCCGCGGCCUCUUCGACGCUGCACACCCCGCCCUCCAUUCCUCACCGCAGCGCUCAACACUGCAACGUCCCCGUCCUCCAUGCUGCAUACCCCCCGCCCCCCUCGCUCAAUGUCGUGCAGCCUUCAAUGA